GUUUGAGCUGCGAGUGACUCAUUGCUCAAGCCGCUCGUGUGGCGGACCGGGUCUCACAACGGACGCAGCUCGAGCUGCGCGCGGAAGACGGUGUCGCAGAGGGUGCCGGAGCUUGGCGCUCGGGUGGUUGGCGAGGUAGACUUGUCCGGUGGCUUGACUGAGUUCGUUGGUAGGCACAGUAUCUACCGCAGCCAAGAACCAUUAAUUAAGUUAAACAAUAUCUUCGGGAUUUAGGUUGCUUUUAUUCCUACUGUACCACUUGUGCAGAAUUUGAGCUUCUAUGGUUGGGUGGUCGUAGAGGGCAGGAUUGCACAAGAGCUUCAAAGACAUGAGGGCCAUGGUAUGAAGAGCAUCGAGUGGCGUCAGAAGUUUGGUGAUUUUGACAACCAUCGGAUGCACCUCAAGCACACACCCCUUCGGAAUGCAACCCCCUCGGCGUGGGUGGACGCUUCGAUUUCCUAUAGCUUGCUCCACCUCACCGUCUCCAACGCUUUCUUCGCAGCCUUUUGUGUUUCACUGCACCUGUUUCGCCGCGGAGCGUAGCUCUGCGCCUCAUGCGUUUUCCGGCUGUGGUGGACAAGGCAUUUGCUGAAGUCGAACGUCAAUACGGAAGCAAAGAGGAUGCGAAGCAAGCCAAGAAGCGGAUCCGGGAACAGUUCCGGCAGGCCGCUCACUGCUUGGAAGCAAGCUCCAACCUCAUUCAGUGGUCAGCCGAGCAGGUCAUGCAAAGCCUUGCGGGUGAAGCCUUGCAACGCUUGGCGGUCCAUGAUUGGUUCGAUCAGGUGGACUGGGCCUGGGUCCUGGCGGCCUUCGCCGCCGAGGCGACGCCCCACCUGGGCAGCGAGGAGCAGCUGCGACCGGUGGCGAUCCGCGCUGUUCAGCGCUGGCAAGCACGGAAAGAAGAGCAGAAGCUUCUCCUCUUUGGGGAGUGUCGGAAGCCGAAGCUCUUCGCGCCAGGAACUCAGAGUGAGCAUGUCAAGGAGCUCUUCGCCAAGUUUCAAGGAGAUGCUCCGACCAAGAUGAUGAGCAAAAGGAAUCAGCUGCACCUGGACAGUGGCUACAAGGCGCAGAAGCCUCGCGCCAGAGGGGAGCCAAAAGGUGCAGAUGAUGCAAGAGAGAUUGAUAUUGACUUGGGCUUCCUACAGGAGGUGGAUUCCCUGGGCGUCUCCUUGCAGGAUCUGCAGGUCGAGUCCACCCUUCCUUCGGGACGUUCCCGUGAUUUGCUCAUACCGGGAGAUGUUGUGACGAGGGUGAAUGGCAUCCCAGUGAGAUCUCACCAGGAAUUCUGGCGCGAGGUCGAACGGGCCAAGCCUGGACGUGUUCGGGUUUGCGUUUUGCCUGGCUCCGCGCAGUCGAAGCCUCCACCGCCGCCGAGUAGCACAAAGCCCCCGCCGGUGGCACCGCUGGUGGCACCGCCGGCCGACCCCAAGUCGCGGCGAAAAGUCUCGGCAGUGGCACCGGCGAUCGAGAAACUGGUGGAUCCAAAGGCUGACUCAGGGCCUGGUGUUGUCCUAGAACCAGAACCUCAGUCGUCCAGUGUCCCUCAACUGGGUGCACUUCGACAGGAGGGUGCCAUGAUUGUUCUCAACUGCGAGGACAUUGGCAGUACAGCCAGCAAAUGCACAGUUUUUUGCCCAAAGGGUGACAGACCGCAUAUGCCAUUCCCGUGGGACGCUAUCAGGUGUGCGAUCCGCUUCUACGAGGAGUUGGGCUUUUGGCCGCAGCCCGUCUGCCACCAGGCGACGAUGCAUCGGCAUCCUCCGCCUGCGGAGCUCAGGCCGAAAUUAGUGCAAUGUCCGGUCAUGGAUGAUGAUGGACGCCAAGAAGGCCGCGGUUCCGACCGCAUCUUCGUGGUGAACUUGGCCAAGACCUACGCGUGUCCCUUCGUGGACAACAGCAACUACCGGGAACAGGUUUGGUCUGGCCACGAGAUAUGGCCCUGGCUACAGAAAGGCGGCCUAGCUCAGAAGGUGGAAUACAUCUUCGACAGCUUUGGAGAGUUUUUGCCCUCCAGGGAGGUGGCGCCUCAACCGCGCGGCCAAUCCUCCAGCGGCCGACUCCGGAUCCCAUGGUCUGAGUAUGGUGGGCGUUAAUGAACCAAGCAUAGUGUUCGAUGACCUCCAGCAGGCAUUGACAAA